UCAGGCGCUGGCGGGGCGCAUCCUUGCUCCACAGAACUGAAGGAGCUCAGUCUGGUCCGGUGUGAGAUCCCUCCGGGCUUCCCCGCUGAAGCCAAACACCCCGCGCGGCCAGGAGCGAGGAUGGAGUGGCUGGUGUUGAGGAGGCUCUUCUGUCAUCUGUCUACCUUCCAACUGAUUUGGUUCUUGGCUGCCAUGAUGUUUUGCAGGGCACAAGUGGAGACCCAAGAUGUAAAAGAGUUGCUGAACGCACCUGCUUCUUUAAGAUGCUCUCUGCAAGAUCCCCAGGAAGUUUUGAUUGUGACAUGGCAAAAAAUCAAGGCUGUAAGCCCAGAAAACAUGAUCACCUUUAGCCAGAACCAUGGGGUUGUAGUCCAGCCUGCCUAUAAGGACAAGAUAAACAUCACCCAGCUGGGACUCAUGAACUCAACCAUUACCUUCUGGAAUACCACCUUGGAAGAUGAAGGGUGUUACAAGUGCCUUUUCAAUACCUUUGGUUCUGGGAAGAUCUCAGGAAUAGCCUGCCUCACUCUCUUUGUACAGCCCACAGUAUUCCUUCACUAUAAACUAUCUGAAGACCACCUAAAUAUCACUUGCUCUGCCAAUGCUCGCCCAGCCCCUAUGAUCUCCUGGAAGGUCUCUGGGUCAGAGAUUGAGAACAGUACUGAGAUUCUCUCACACCCCAAUGGGACAACGUCUGUCACCAGCAUCCUCCAGAUCAAAGACCCCAAGAGUCAGGUGGGGAAGGAGGUGAUCUGCCAGGUACUGCACCUGGGGACUGUGACCGACUACAGGGAAACUGUGAACAAAGGCUUUUGGUUUUCAGUUCCACUACUGUUAAGUAUUGUUUCCUUGGUAAUUCUUCUGGUCUUAAUUUCAAUCCUACUAUACUGGAAACAUCGUCGGAACCAAGACCGAGAGCCAUAGAGGAGUCACACAGAACCCUGAAAGUUAUUCCCUGGUCUACUUGAAUCUGACUCAGGAGGCAAGCAGGAGAAAGAGGGUCAUUCUUCAAGGAACCUAAAAGAGCAAAAGAAAUUGGAGUCAAAGGCGUAAGAAUUUCAAGACUUUCUACUGCCAUCUAGGCUACCCAAUGCUUCUGUGAGUUCCAAGAGGAAGUCAUUUUACCUCUCAGGUCUGUUGUAGGACUUGAUUUUGUAAAACAAUGCCAUGUUGUGCUGUUGAAAGGGUACUGGACUUAGAAUCAGGAGCCACUGCUCAGAGACUGACUUUGACUCCAACUGGUGGCAACUCUAUGUUAAUCACUAUCUCAAUGAGCUUCCACGUUUGCAUACAGAAAAUUAAGGAUUUGGACCAAAUAAUUUGCCAUUCUGCUCCAAAAAUGGCUGUAAUUCCAGGAAAAAAAAAAGGAAUAAACAAAGAGAAAAGAAAUGAAAAAGAGAGAGAAGAAUACAGGAAGGUAGGGACCAAAGAACUUUUCUGAGACUACCUUUUGCCUUUCUGUGGCUAUUCCACCUCUUCUUCCCUUCUUCUUUGGCCCGUUAAGUCUAUUUCCUCAUCACUUGGUAUCUAGUCCACCACCUGCUUACUGUUUUGCUAAUAACUGGUCUUUCUAGAACCCUCAGUUUCACUGCUAUUCUUCAUGUACUUCUGUGAUAUUAACCACAGUGGAAGCGGAACUGAAUUUAUUGUGAAGUAAUGUUGGCAACCUUAACUUUACUUAUCUGUUUUUAUAGCAGACUAAAUAUUAUUAGUCUCAGCAGCUCACAUUUUUAAAAAGGCAUGCAUUUCUCAUCCAUUUGUUUCAUAAUAUAACCCAGCCCUAUUUUAGUCAUUCUAAAUUCAGCCUAGUAUAAUGAAGACAUAUUUAGAAAAUACGGCAUUUAGAAAGUUUCCUGAAUAGCAGUCAGCUAGUUCAAAUGCUGUGUCUCUCCCAGCUUCUUUUCUCAUGAGUUAACUUCUCACAAUAGCAGAGGAAGCAUGUAUGGGUGUACAAAUCCCUUUGUUGUAAACAUAUGGUUCUAACUAGUGGAACAAUUUUGAACUCUUAAAUAAUCAUACGACCAAGUUGGUGACUUUUUCAGUAUCUUUUGCCUUCUUGUCUCUAUCCAGUGACCUAGGAACUAAAAACUAAAACUUAAGUUGUUUUCACUGUUGAAUUGAAUAUUUAUAUAUUUAGUAAGGUUUUCGUAUGUUAUUUAAUUCUGUAUUAUUUCGUAUAUUUGUAUUAAUAUACUGAAUAAUUAAAAGUGUCAACUCUAAA